CUGUUGAUAGUGUUGCUGCCCGCAAGAUUUAAUGUUCGGUUAUUGCUAAUGGUCAUUUAACUAAAAUCAGGAAUUCUUCUAUAUUGAAUAACAUUCACUGAAUAAUACGUGAAGCACCCUCGUCUAUUUCAAGUUGCGUCAACAGGAAAGCAGAACAAAAUGAGUGGUAGUCGCAGAAAGACCAGUAAAAGUUCAAUUGACAGCUCUAGCUAUAGGUCACCUGGAUCUGCCGGAUCACACAGAAGUAACGAUUCUGAACUAUUAAGUGAAUGUCAUUCAGUUUACACUAUAGUGUUUGACAGUGUAACCGAACCAAUCAGAUCAAAGGAAGAGUUGUCUCAAGUGCUAUACCAAGCAGGUCGUAAUCCCUCAAAUCGAACACUCAGCAAAUAUUGGUCUAGUGACACAAACCAACUGAGCUAUAAUGACUUUUGUGAUAUCAUGAGAAAAGAGAAGGCCACAUCAGAGGCGGAUUUGAUCAGAGCUUUUAAAAAGAUAGAUAUGAAUGGGGAUGGAUAUAUAUCUCAUGAUGAGUUGUAUAAAGUAAUGACUGAGAGGGGUGAAAAGAUGACCAAAGCCGAAGUACGAGCUAUGAUUGAUGAAGCCGAUGAUGAUGGCGAUAGAAGACUUGAUUACAAUGAGUUCAGUAAGAUGUUGAUGUCUACAUCAACUAAAGCCAAACAGAUUGCCAAAGAUAAAUUGGACAAGAUUGAGAAGUCUAAAAAAAGUAGCUUUGGACAUUCACUUGCUGAUAAUUCCCCUGUUCCGUCCCCAAGACCAGCAAAAAGAGCCGGUUUGCAAGACUCCAGUCACACACGAACAAAAACUGCCUUAUCGCAUCCCGCUAAUUCAAAAGCUGUUGAACCAAAGAGUUUAAGAAACUGGCAUCAUACUACUAGUAAAGGAAGUUUCCACUUUGACGAUGACGGUGCUAUUAUAAGUAAUCAGUAUCGAUUAGAUGUACCAAGUGCUACUAAUGUAUGGCUGACAAUACAUUCACGGAACCCUGUGGAUGCAGAUGGAGACAGCAUUGUUGGUAAACAUAUUGAUACAGCAUUAUUUAUAGUGAGGGAAGAUGAUGAUAACGAUUGUAUUGCUUAUACUCACACAAAACAUCACCAGAAUAACACUUUGCGAUGCGAUUUGAGAUCGGGAACCUAUCGACUCAUACCAUUCACUACGGGGUGUAGAUUCAAAAAAAGACGAUCAAACCACAAAAAAGAAGCUACACUUGUUAAAAAAGAAAAUGAUUCAUAUAUCUUAACAAAAGCGUUUAAAGAUACGCUGUCAAUUAUGUUUGAUAUGAUUGACUUGGACGGCAACGGGACUUUGAGCCGAGAAGAGUUUGAUUUCUUUCAAGUACGGACCAGUGGUGAACACUGUGACGAUGAUGCGUGGGAAGUCGUGGAAGAAAACUUUGAGUUAAAAAAUGGGGAAAUCACAAAGAAAGGAUUCUUUGAUCUGCAUCAAAUGGAGGCCAAUGACAGCGAUGGGGAUUUAGAAGAUCUUUGGGUUACCCUCAGCUCUAUGGGAUUUUCAAAAGAUUUAACUCUUGAUGAGGCAUCUUCCUUCCAAUUAGAUAUUUAUACAGAGGAUGCCAGGGUAAAGCUGAAAGCGUUGGAGGCAAGUGAAGGUGGGCAUGCAUUAGAAAAUGCCCUGUGUUCAACGUCUAUUAGAGAUGGAGUGGAAACAAGGAUUAAAGGAAUGAAAGAUCUUACUAUGUUCACUUACACAGGAGAUACUAGAGCUAGUAUUGUUUUAGACAACAAGUCCCACAGCAAAGUGAGAGUUCGACUGGACUGCCUGAAAAGCAAGAACUGUUGCAGUCACAGGGGAAAUUUGGACUACACAGUUGAUGUUCCAUCCAAAUCCAAAGUUGUGAGUUGUCAUACAUGUAGUUUUACACUAUUUUGCAACAGCUGUGGUUUUCACAAGAUAUCCACCUUGCCAAAAGCAGAACAUAUAUCAAGCUGCACAUCGAUUUGGUUCUGA